CGUAAUUAAAUGAGGAGGAGAAGAAGAGCUCUAGUCGAGCUGCGCAGCGGACUGCUCUCUACUGGUGUUUUCUGUGUUUUCUGUGUUUUCUUCGUGUCCGUUUGCACAGAGCACUGAUACAAACUGUGCGACACACACGACGUGUUUCGAGAUAAUGUCGGCAAGUGAUGACGACUCUGUGGAAUUGACCAGAACGGGCUCCCCAGUUCAUCACAGAAAAAAACACAGCAUGGAGUCAUCAAGAUCUCCAAGAAGCUCUAAACACCACCAUUCAAGAUCAAGGUCACGCUCCAGGGACAAAAAACGUGACAGAAAAUACAGACGGAGUCACAGCAGGAGCAAAGAGGCACGAAAGAGGGACUCAGAGAAGCCAUCAAAGUCGCACAGAAAAACAGAUGAGCAGCAAGAGCCAGAGAGACUUUCGUCAGAGAAUGGAGAAGAGCGAUCCAGGCGCAAAGACAAGAAGUCUUCAAAAGGCCGGAGCAUGUCCAGGUCACACUCCAGAGAGAGACAGCAUCACAGCAAAAGUAAAGACAAGCGGCGAUCACGAUCACGCAGCCGGGACAAGAAGAAGAAGGCGAGGUCUCGCUCAGGUUCAAGGCCCAAACACCGUCAUCACAGCAGAAGUCGCAGUAAGAGCAGGGAGCACAAGAAAAAGAGUGAGAAGGUGCGCAAAAGGAGCCGCAGCAGGUCUGUUAAUCCACCUGCAUUCAGAGGACGAAACACAGCAAUGGAUGCACAAGAGGCUCUGGCCAGAAGACUAGAGAGAGCCAAGAAGCUGCAGGAGCAGAAAGAAAAGGAAAUGUUUGAGAAGCAGCAGCAGCAACAGCAGGAGAUAGCUGCAGUGACUGCACCUAUCGCAGUAGCUGCUGCUGCUGCAGCAGCGGCUGCCUCAAACCCGGGUCUUAAUGUUGCAGCCCUGCUGGCCUCUGGAACCCAGGUGACACCUCAGAUCGCUAUGGCAGCACAGAUGGCUGCCCUUCAAGCAAAGACACUGGCAGAGACUGGCAUUGCUGUGCCCAGCUAUUACAAUCCAUCCUCUGUUAAUCCUAUGAAGUUUGCAGAGCAGGAGAAAAAGAGGAAAAAGCUAUGGCAGGGAAAGAAGGAAGGGGACAAGUCUCAGACAGCCGAGUUGUGGGAGAAGCUGAACUUUGGAAACAAGGACCAAAAUGUGAAAUUUCGCAAACUAAUGGGUAUAAAAGGUGAUGAAGGUGAAACAGCCAAACCACUAAACGACGAGGGCAUUAAGACUCUUGAGAAGCAGGAGGAGAUGUUUAGGAACCUUGAUGUUCAGUAUGAGAUGGCCCGCUCUCAAACACACACCCAGAGGGGAAUGGGCCUCGGCUUCACUUCCUCAUUCUCUCGUGGGAUGGAUUCUAUCUAGAGCCAGACAUCGCUGCCUCUGCCACUCAUCUGAUCAUACAGGACCAUAAACUCAUCGCUGGCCUUCAAGCUUGCAUGGAUGUUGACCCAAAUCUAUAAUUUAUUAAUAGAGAAACAUUUUGCAUAUUGGAACAUUUUAAUGUAAAUAGCCAGAUGCUGAGUUUGUCUCAGUGUGAAAGAAUCUGUCGCAAAAGGAUGCAUCAGUUGGACUGGUUGAUGCUGGUUACAAUUAAUGUGUGUUUGAAUAACGUGGUAGCUUUUUUUAACCUCAAAUAUAUAUUAUGUUAUUGUUUGAACAAACACUGAAUUUGAUGUGGUUCAAGUUAACACUGUUUACAUCCAAUUAAAGAAGGUAUCUGAAGUCGAUGUAGAUGUUUCUGAAUCCCUCUGUUUUUUCUCCUGAGGGGAAAAUCACAACAGUGGGUUGUAAAUGUGUUGUCUUUAGAACAGAUAAUGUGCAGAAGAGGGGAUCACACAUUUCAGAUGUUGUUAAAAAUAAAUUAGUUUUGUGUUGACUAA